GCUCCGCUUCGGAGUCGCCGUGCUUUUCGCGCAGUGCACCUUCCGCCUCUCGAUCGAGAGCAAGCUUCCAAGGGUGGCCUACGCCACUGCCUUCGACGGGUUUGCGAUGUUCUGCCAGCUGCUCACGCUGGCGGUCAUACUCUCGAACAUGGUCGUGAGCCUCGCCAUUGGCCUCGUGGAGGACGAGGCGGCCGUGAGGCUGACCGACGCCGCUAUGUACGGCCUCGUGAGCGUGGCGUGGGUGCUGGGCUCCGUGAUGUGGGUGCGCCUGAUCUCCUGGCGCCAGAGACGCCAGUACGCUGCGCUCACCAAGCUGGAGGACCAGGACGACAAGAGCACGAACGAUGAGGCCACCGCCACCCAGGAGCUCUCGUGCGCCGCCCAGCGGGACGCGGAGUCGGUGGCGUCGUGCCUGCACUUCCACGGCGCGGGCAGGACCGCGCUCGAGGCGCUGCAGCCCGCCGUGUCGUCGGUGCGGGCGGUGUCCGUGGCGACCACGGUGUGGCUCAUCCACGACGUCGACCCGAUCUCCGCCACGUUCGAGUGCAAGUUCACCCUGUGCAUGGAGUGGCUCGACGAGAAUGCGGUCGGGCUGCCGGAGCGCGCGGAGCUCUCGCCAGAGCUGCUGAAGUCCCUGGACCCGCCGGAGCUCGACGUGCACAACAAGGUGGAGCUCGUUGGCGAGGCGGGACCGAGCGCAUACGUCGUGGACUCCUCCACUGGCCGGGUCCUGAUGUCCUCCAGGUUCCACGCGAG